AUGAAUCAAGACAUACAAAUUAAACGUGAAUCUUCGAACUCAUCAACAUCCAUUCAAAUGCAGCCUCCGUUGGUUUAUUCGUGUGAAUCAUGUCAUGUUCGAUUCAGUAAUCGAAAUACGUUAGAAGCUCAUCGUCAACAUUAUUGUACCAACGAAGAAAAACGAGCAAAUCAAUCUAAAGAUUUACUUCACAGUCUCUCAAGACAAUCGAUGAAACGCAAAUGUGCAGAUAUCUCUGAAUCACCAUCGACUACUAAACGUUUAUCUUUAUUAUCACAUGAUACCUCUUGUCAGGAGUGUCAUGUUCCCUUUGAUAAAGAAGAUAAAUUUCCUCGACAUAAAUUAUCUUGUUCGAAAGGUUUAUCCGAAUCGACUUUAACGACACCAACAUUAACUUUAAGUCACCCGGUACAAAUCGGAAAGUUAAUCUACGUACCAAUUCCAGUUCUUUCCACACCAAUCUACCCUUCGUAUCAAGAAAGCAAACCGUUAGAUUUAAGUAAACCGAAACGAUCGACCGACGAAUGCAAAAGUUCACCAAUCGAUCUUUCGCUCACUAAACCUCUUCCAGAUCCCAUUUACAAUUGUGAAUUUUGCUCCAUACAUUUCCGCUCGUUGAAAACUCUGCAAGCACAUCAGAAGAACUACUGUGUAGAAUACCGAAAGCAAAAGAAAGAUGAAAAUAGUCAUUCGACUCCAGCAGCCAAUCUGAUUCAAUCUCAUUUACUACAUUCGAAGCUAUUCACCUGUCAUUUAUGUCAAUACCGUGGUAAUACACUUCGUGGUAUGCGCAUGCAUUUCAAAUUUCAUCUCUCGAACAAUCAGCUAUGUUCUGAUGACGAUAUCAUGCUAAAAUCAACAGAAAAGCCGUGCGAAACGUCACAAACAGACGCCAAUCAAUCUCUGUUGAAAUGUACAAUAUGUUCGGCGAUGUUCGACUACGAAGAGAUGCUACUGAAUCACAUCCGAAGUGUUCAUACAAAUGAACGGUUCUUGAAAUGUCUAGAAUGUCAAUCGAGAUUUUGUUCGAAAUGGAAUUUAACUCGACAUAUGAAGUUCGUUCAUACGAAUAUCAAAUGCGACGAAGAGCAAGAUUCUACGUCAUCGUACACAACCGGAGAAUGUUCGUGUCCGUUUUGUCAUUUAACAUUCCAAUCGACUGAGAUCUUAAAACAACAUAUUAUUAAUUCCUGUUCCGUGAAAUCAUCAACAGCCAAAGAGAUUCUAAAUGAUAUUCGGAAAAAGAUACAAAAUGAAACAUUCUGUUCGUUAUGUCAAAUAUCAUUCCAAUAUAAAAGUUCCUACGACGCUCAUCGGUUGUAUUACUGUCGAGGUAGCAACUCGAGCAAUGUAAAACUACAAGCAUGA